AUGAGCUCGUCUGGUGUGCAUCGUCAGUUCUGCGACAAUUACAGUCAAGCUGUGAAGUGGGGUGACGCUGCGUUAGUACAAAAAAUGGCAGCGCUGAAACUGGAGGCUCAGAAGCAAUUGUUCAAUGAAUACCUUCUGCAGAAAGUUCAGCUGCAGAAUGCAUCGCUUGCCUACCCGGCCGAGUUCCAUAUACGCACAUCGAAGACAAGUCAGCGAAACCGUGAGCUGUACAAAACAGCUCUAUGCGAUUUCUGGAGCGCGGGAGUGCCGUGCCGAUUUGGCGAACGAUGCUGGUUUGCACAUGGUCCACACGAGCUUCGUAUCGCACGUUUCGUAUAUCCCAGUGUUUAUCCGUACGACUAUGAAGUUCGCAUGGACGGGCCACCGCCGAAUCAAAUGCACAGUAUGGGUCAGUAUACGCCUGCAGCUUACGCCCGCCGUCUGUGGAAUCUGGAACAAUGCUAUCCACCAUCAAACGCAACCAUGGCUCCUAUAAAAACUGAAGUGGCAGGCCCGAAUGUACCAGUUGGAUAUGAGCGCAAAUUUUGUCGCCUAUCACCAAUCCCGGAAAGCAUGGUUGGUUUUUCUUUUUUUAUUAAAGUAUAG